GCCGCCGCAGCACAGAAAAUGGAAAUCAAAACCCAGAAAUGUUCCAUCAACUGCCAUUUUCUUCACACCGCAACUACCUUCACUUCCUCUCCUUGCCGCCAGAAACCUCCAUGGACUCAAUAGCUCCGCUGCGCCACUGCUUCAAUCCGUCUCUUCAUCAAAACCCACUACCCCUCAACGCAAAACCCACAAAAAUCUCACCUUCUCAAUCUGUUGCUCAUGGUGCCACUUACGCAUCACUUGAAGCCAGAAUCAGUACUCCUCUUCCAGCUUCUGGGUCAAGCCGCUCGUCCCCAGGAUUCUGCUUUUUGGUUGAGUUAAAUGAGGUCAAGAGUUUGGAAUUGGUGAAAGCAGUGCAUGGCAGUUUGAUAAAAAUGAGCAGGAAUUGUAGUUCAGAUUCUAUAGCAAAGAGUUUGAUCUCAUCUUACUUGAAAUCUGGCGAUUUUAGAUCUGCUACUGAGGUUUUCUUCGUGGGUUUUGCUCGAAAUUAUGUUUUUUGGAGUUCUUUUCUGGAAGAAUUGAAGAGUAGUGGUGGGGAUGCAAAUCAAGUUCUUGAGGUUUUCCGUGAGCUGCAUAGCAAAGGAAUGUUGUUUGACAGUAGAGUUCCGACUAUGGUUUUGAAAAUGUGCACUUGUUUAGCGGAAUUAUGGCUGGGGUUGGAGAUUCAUGCCGGUCUGAUCAAGAAGGGUUUUGAUUCGGACAUGCAUUUGAGGUGUGCUUUAAUGAAUUUUUAUGGCAGAAUUUGGGGCGUCGACAGUGCUAAUCAAGUGUUCGAUGAAAUGGUGGAUAAAGAGGAUCUCUUGUGGAAUGAGGCAAUCGUGUUAAACUUGAGAAAUGGGAGAUUUGACAAGGCUAGGGAGCUCUUUAUAGAAAUGCAGUUUUCUUCUGCCAGCGCCAAUAAUUCUACAAUUGUAAAGAUGCUUCAAGCCUGUGGCAAAGUAGGAGUUCUAGAGGAUGGAAAGCAAAUUCAUGGGUAUGUUUUAAAAUUUGGAAUGGAAUCAGAUCUAUUGAUAUGCAAUUCUUUGAUUAACAUGUACUCGAGGAAUGGUAGACUAGAACUUGCUAAGAGAGUUUUUGAUUUGAUGGAAGAUCGUAACUUGUCUUCAUGGAAUUCUAUGAUUUCAAGUUAUGCUACACAGGGUUAUUUGGAUUAUGCCUGGGAUAUUUUUAAUGCAAUGGAAUCAUCUGAUACAAAUCCAGAUAUAGUAACCUGGAACUGCCUAUUGUCUGGCCAUGCACUUCAUGGGUCAUGGAAUGAGGUCCUUAUGAUUUUGCAGAGAAUGCAGACAACGGGUUUCAGGCCAAAUGCAAUCUCUGUGACCAGUGUUCUUCAAGCUGUCAAUGAACUGGAGGGGCUCUUUAAUUUUGGGAAAGAAAUUCACGGCUAUGUUAUAAGAAAUGGGCUUGAUUUUGAUGCAUAUGUAGGCACUUCAUUGAUAGACAUGAACAUUGUUACUUGGAAUUGCUUAAUAUCAGGAUAUUCAUUCAAGGGCCUUUUUCAGGAUGCUAAAAUACUAUUGAACAGGAUGGAAGAAGAAGGAAUAAAACCUGACUUGGUGACUUCGAAUGUUCUGAUUUCUGGGUAUUCCAUUUGCGGCCAGAGUGAUGAAGCUUUAGCCUUGAUUAGACAAAUGAAAGAUUCUGGAAUGACUCCUGAUGUGGUGUCUUGGACUGCUCUGCUAUCAGGCAGUUCACAGAAUGGAAAUUAUAGAGAGUCCCUUGAGUUCUUCAUCCAAAUGCAACAGGAAGGUAUAAAGCCUAACUCUGCCACAAUAUCCAGCUUACUUCGGACCUGUGGAGGACUGUCUCUUUUACAGAAGGGGAAGGAGGUUCAUUGCCACUGCAUAAGAAAUGGUUUCACCCAAGAUAGGUAUGCAGCUACAGCAGUUAUUGACAUGUAUUGUAAAUCUGGCAAUUUGAAGACUGCUCAUAAGGUUUUCAGGACAAUUCAUAACAAAACAUUAGCUUCUUGGAAUUGCAUGAUGAUGGGGUAUGCAAUUUAUGGCCUUGGUAAGGAAGUUAUUCUGCUGUUUGAUGAGAUGCUUGGAUCAGGCAUCCUACCAGAUGCCAUAAGUUUCACAGCUCUGUUAUCCGGUUGCAAGAAUUCAGGUCUGGUCAGUGAAGGAUGGAAAUAUUUUGAUUGUAUGAGCACUGUAUAUGAAGUAGCGCCUACAAUUGAACAUUACUCUUGCAUGGUAGAUCUUCUUGGAAGGGCUGGAUAUCUUGACGAAGCUUGGGAUUUCAUUCUGACAAUGCCAUUCAGCCCUGAUGCUAGCAUUUGGGGUGCACUUCUUACAGCCAGCAGGAACUAUAAGAAUAUUGAAUAUGCAGAGAUUGCUGCAAAGAAGCUUUAUGAGUUAGAACCGCAUAAUUCAGCCAGUUAUGUUCUGAUGAUGAACUUAUAUUCCAUGUAUGGCAGAUGGGAAGAUGUCGAACGUCUCAAAAAUGUGAUGAUUGAAAAGGGGGUUAAAAACAGCCCCAUCUGGAGCUGGAUUCAGAUUGAUCAAACAGUUCAUCUGUUCUCUGCAGAAGAGAACCAUCCGGAUGAAUGGGAGAUAUAUUUCGAGCUGUAUCAGUUAGUUUCUGAGAUGAAGAAGCUUGGAUACAGGCCCGAUGUCGACUGCGUGUUUCAGGACAUUGAUGAGGCAGAGAAGGAGAAGGUGCUAUUCAGCCACACAGAGAAGUUGGCAGUUACUUACGGACUGAUCAAGUUGAAAGGCAACGCACCAAUUAGGGUGGUCAGUAACACAAGAAUAUGCCCCGACUGUCAUACCGCCGCAAAAUGUGUGUCUUUGAUAAGAAACCGAGAGAUCAUCCUGAGAGACGGUGCUCGGUUUCACCAUUUUAGAGAAGGGAAAUGUUCCUGCAUGGACUGCUGGUAAUGUAGAUAUUUUAAGUCCAGCCAAUUGGAGAGUUUAAAAAAUAUAUACGAUGUUGCCAAUGCCAAGUAAUGAGAAUCUGAGUCAUCAACAGAGUUAAUAAUGCAUCACAAUCUCU